AUGGACCUCUUAAAAAUUGCUGUUGGUCCCACCCCUACCUUAGAUGAUGACUUUAGCAGUCAGGGAUAUUCAAUCAUGCCACAUGGAGUGCAUAAAUCACCAAGGCCAAGUGGAUACCAGCAAAGGAAAGCAAAAGAGGCAAGAAAAAAAUCACUCAAGACACUAGCUGGAUCCAUGCUUCAGUAUGUCAAAAGACCGGAUGAUGGCGAGGGUACAUCAAAAGACACUGCUUGUCAAUCUCCAAUUGAAAAAGCUGAUUCUUCUGAUGCUAGCAUGCAUUCUGCAGAAGAGCAAGGAGUGGAAAUGGCAGAAUUUGAAGCAGAAGAACAAGGAGUGGAAAUGGAAGAAUUGGAAGCAGAAGAGAGUGCUGAAAGUGACUCUAGCCAUGAUACUGUAAAUGAGAUGAGUGACAUUAAGGAGAAAGAUUUGCAAAUGUUAUGUGAUGUUUCUUCCUGGGAGAUACCACUUCCAGAUCAUUUUUGGGUGGAAAUCAUCAAAAGGGGAAGUGCUUCUUUCCAGAACAAAGAUGGGCCUUUCAGUGUUGCGGCAAGGCAAGAUGCAAAAGCUAAGGGAGAUGUGCACCAGCUUUCAAAAGAGUGGUUUUACAAGAUGAUGCCAAAUGGCAAGAAAAUUCUGCGGUCAUGGAUGGCUUACUCACUCGUGAGCGAGAAUUUAUACUGUUUUUGCUGCCGACUGUUUGCCGUUAGUGCUACAGAUACGACAUCCAAAUUUGUGACUGGGUUUCAGAAGUGGUGGAAACUGAGCCUGAAAGUACAUAACCAUGAGACAUCCGAAGAGCACCUACAUUGCCUUGAAAAGUGGAAAACAUUGGCAGCAGGACUUAGGCUGCACAAAACCAUCGACAACGAAACUAUUGCUUUUACGGAAAUGGAGAAGAAAAAGUGGAGGGACAUCUUGCGCAGAUUGCUUGAUAUCACAUUGUUUCUUGCCAAGCAGAAUCUGGCAUUCCGUGGCCACAAGGAAGAUGAAUCUUCAUUGAAUAAAGGGAACUUUCUUGAGUUGGUUGAGAUGCUUUCAAAAUAUGAUCCAGUGCUGAAAGAGCACCUAAUGAGAUUAAAGCGGAGCACAUGUAAACUUAAAGUAUCUGUCUCGUAUCUUUCAGCAAAAACUCAGAAUGAGUUUGUAAGUGCCCUGGCAAAUCAUGUGAAGGAGAUGCUUGUCAUGGACAUAAAGUCUGCAAAGUACUUUGGGAUCAUGUUCGACAGCACACCUGACAUAUCACAUACUGACCAGAUGUCCGAAGUGAUCAGAUAUGUAAAAAUCAACAAUAGGAAAGUUGAAGUAAAAGAAGUAUUUCUAGGAUUUUUCCCUUUAAAGGGGAAAAAAGCUGCUGACCUCAGUUCUGACGGACUGGACAUAAUGAUGUGCCGCACUCAAGGUUACGAUAAUGCUGCCACUAUGGCUGGAAUCCAUGGAGGUGUACAAGCCAUUCUUAAGGGAAAGAACAAGAAAGCUAUUUUUAAUGGAUGUGUGGACCAUUCACUUAACUUGUGCGGUCAGCACUCUUUUGCUGAAAAUGCAUCGUGUGUGACAUUUUUUGGAACUCUUGAAAGAAUGUUUUCUUUCUUUGCUGCUUCCACCCAUCGAUGGGAUGUGUUAAUUGACCAUACUGGAGUGUCAGUGAAAAGACUAUCAACAACACACUGGAGUGCUCAUCAUGCUGCAGUUAAGCCAGUUAAAGAAAAGUUCGAUAAGUUUGUGGCGGCGAUUGAAGCUCUUUGUGAUCCACAUGAAAAUUUGGACACAAGAGGUGCAGCACAAGGUCUUUUGCCUGCUGUCUGUGACUUCACAUUUCUGUGCUACCUGUACUUCUGGUGUGAUGUACUUCAGGAAGUUAAUCUUACACAGCAGUACCUGCAGACUAAGGGCUUAACUCUCGACAAGGUGGUGACAAAGCUAGAGGCGCUAAGACUUUUUUUGCACGAGGAGCGCAGUCACCUAGUGGAGCAUGCAAUUGAACAGAUCAGAUCAAGAGCCAUCAAGGAAGUAGCAGCCAUGUUUGAGGCUGUUCAAGCGAAGAGUCUCAUAUCUGCCACUGCAGAAGAGUUAAAGAUGUCCAUUCCAAAACUGACCACUUUCUAUGAUGAGCAACUUCUCAGUUCCAGUGUUGUGAAUGCAGAUAAUUCGCAUGAUUACCAUCUUCUUCCGUGA